AUGGCGGAGGUGGGGGGGGUCUUCGGGUCCUUGGACUGGGAUCUGCACGGCUUCUCCUCAUCUCUGGGGAACGUGCCCUUAGCUGAUUCCCCAGGUUUCCUGAAUGAACGCCCGGACCAGAUCGAGGGAAAGCUGCAGCGCGGCACGCCCAUAGACUUCGCCCACCUGAAGGGAAUUCUGCGGCGCCGCCAGCUCUACUGCCGCACUGGCUUCCACCUGGAGAUCUUCCCCAACGGCACUGUGCACGGCACCCGCCAAGACCACAGCCGCUUUGGAAUCCUGGAGUUUAUCAGCCUGGCUGUGGGGCUGAUCAGCAUCCAGGGAGUGGACUCUGGCCUGUACUUAGGAAUGAAUGAGCGAGGAGAACUAUAUGGGUCGAAGAAACUCACACGUGAAUGUGUUUUCCGGGAACAGUUUGAAGAAAACUGGUACAACACCUAUGCCUCCACCUUGUACAAACACUCGGACUCAGAAAGGCAGUAUUAUGUGGCCUUGAAUAAAGAUGGCUCACCCAGAGAGGGAUACAGGACUAAACGACACCAGAAAUUCACUCACUUUUUACCCAGGCCAGUAGAACCUUCGAAGUUGCCCUUCUUGUCCAGAGACCUCUUCCACUAUAGGUAA